AUGGCAAACACCUCUGCGUCCACAAGCGCCGCCGCGAAUCAUCCACCGGGGGGGCGCGGUGUCGACGUCCUAGUUGCCUCCACAGUGCCCGAUGCGAGCAUCCCACGUGACCAGACCAGCCGGGAGAGCACGUCCGCCGCCGUCGUCGUCGCUGCGCCAGGGGGCGACGUGGUGCUCGUCGUCGGGAAGCGGCGCGCCCGCAUCCAGGUCUUCUCCGUGGUGCUCCGCAACUCGUCGCGCGUCUUCGAGGCUAUGCUGCGCCCCGAGUUCGCCGAGGGGGCCAAGCUCUUCCUCAACACGCACGGCAGCGCGCCCGUCGACAUCGAGCUCCCCGAGGACGACCCCGACGCCAUGGGCAAGCUCUGCAAGAUGCUGCACUGCACCGCCGACGCGGGCGCGAGCCCCGGCGGCGCGCAGAGCCUGCUCGACCUGGCGAGGGCGGCGGACAAGUACGACCUGGUCAGCAGGGUCGUGUUCCCCGCGACGCAGUGGCUCACGGAGCUGAUGAAGCGCCCUGCGGUGCGGGAUGCGGAGCUGCUGCUGGGACUGAUGGCGGCGUACACCCUGAAGCAUGCGACGGGCUUCGCCAACUUGAGUCGCGCGCUGAUGAUGCAGCAUGCGGGCUCAUGGUGCGACUUGCUCAAGGGCUUGCCCGACGUCGACGGCUUGGCCCACGAGCUCCUAGUGGCACUCGAAGAGGCUCGGUCCUACAUCCACGCAUGCGUCUGCGAGACGGUCAACAACCUCGCCAUGAUGUCCGCCAUCAACUCGUGCCUCUGUACUCUCGAAAAGCCCGACAUUGUCAACAGGUGGUUCCUCGGGCUCGGCGGGAGCCAGUUCCUCACCAUAAACCUCACCACCCUGCAGACGCUCAGCAUCGUGCACCUCAGCCGGGACGUCUACCACCUCUCGCACCUGGGGUCCGACCACCUGUCCGGCCUGCGACACGUCUGCGGUAGAAACCCCAGGCCGCUGCUGACCGAGGUCGUGUACGGCAUCGUCGCAAAGAAGCUGGCCUCGUUCAAGGGGCUGUGCCUCCGCUGCUUCGACCGCAAGAAUAGGUAUGUCGGCGCCACGGGCGGAUGCCGGCUGGCCCAUUGA